AUGCAAAAACUCAGCAUUGAAGAGCUUGUGAGGCUGACUGGGACUUAUAUAUGCAGCAGAUGCACUGAAUUAGGGUAUAUUCCUCAGGUUUCGAAAACUCCUCCUUAUAAUCGAGUAUUUUUAGAAACUCCAAGCCAUAAAGCAAUUUAUAUCAAACUUUUCGGACAUGGGAACUCAUUGAUAAACACAGUUCACGCAAAAUGAGGAAUUAUAGACCCUGAAAACCUAAAAACACUUGGAUCUCUUGGCGAUGAUAAUUUAUGUCUGACUGCAAUGGAUAAGUAUCUUUUGCUUCAGCAGAUUUCUAACACCAUUGAGCCACUUUCACACAAAGAGAUAUCCCAAUGCUCUUCUUCAAUUCACAAUUUGCAAGAAAUCCUUGAUCACUUUAAUAAAUUAAUUGAAUAA